AGGUUCAUCAUGUCAGGUGCCUUGGACAAGAAGGUCGCGCUGCUCGAAAAGACGCUGCUGGAAGAAAGGAAUCGACACUUGCAGCAGCUCAGGGAAAUCGCCUCUGCGGCUGGCUUGAGAGAAGCUCAAGCUGUGUCGAUCUUGGCUUCGUGCAGGCGCUCAGGAGUGCCCAGCAGCAUCGUUGCUCACAUCGGACCUGGGACCUCUCCUACUGACAGCGAGGGAAGCUCGAGCACCGCUCCCCCUCAAGGCGCACAGGAUCCCCCGCGAUCAAAGCUUGACAGGUGGAUCACGCGGACCAAGGUUAGCCCUGGCACCGGGUUGAGCCCCGACUGCUUCUCGCUCUCUCCCGAAAGUCUGCACAGUGAGAACAAGCUCGACCGAUGGUUAGCUCGACUGAGACGUGACCGUUGCCCCGAGGAGAACCGCAGCAGAAGCAAGCUUGACCGUUGGAUUGGAAGGACCCAACAGCGUGACCACGAAGCUGUAGGCACAGCUUGCCCAUCCGAGUCAUGGGAGCGAGAGCUUGUGAGCAUGAGCGAAGCCGCUCACGACAAAGAGGUGGAGAUAUUCAAGAGGAUCCAAGAAUCGUGGAAGUCCAUGGAUAAGGUGCUUGCCGUGUUCGAUGACCAGAACAAGGAAAGCGACGAGGAGAACUCUGGAAGUGAGAAGCAAGAUAAUGCAAAAGCUGUCUACUGCACUCGGUGUGGUGGGAACAUUCCUGAUUCACCCACGAGCCUUCAGAAGGAGUCCUCCAAUGAUUGGAAUAACAGCGCAGGACGAGAUGGCCGAGAGGGUACACAGAUGGGACUGAGGAUGGAAGAGAAGAGCAGAGGUCUGACAGUCACUCAUGUGGUUCCGGGAGGUCAAGCGGGUCAAGCAGGACUUGAGGUCAAGGAUGUCAUCCGUCAAGUCAACGGACGCAAAGUCUCCUCGCUCAAGGCCUUCGGCAGCGUCGUUCGUGACUCGCCAUGUGACGUCGUCUGCCUCGACUUGAUACGCGGGUCUGGAUCAAGCCACAAGCACCUCACCCUUUACUCUCGAAUCCGCCCGCAUGAUGAGUCGGCGACAGAGGACGAGAAGAAAAUAUCACAAGAGUCUUUGAAGGAGAUUUAUUGCUCCACACAGGGAUCAGAGAAGGUGGACCGAGAGAACAAGAACAAGAAAAUCUUCCUUGCACCCUCGAACACACAAGCCAAGUACAACAAAUACGGCAAAGACACGAAGCUUUGGAUCCCGGAGUCAGACGAGUCCUCCCCGGAUGUCCUUGCAGCCUCCUCCUCGUCUACCCGCACAGAGAUCGGGGGAUUCUUCAUGUUCCCUCCUGGUCACCCCGACUACGUUCCUCUGCCUCCAGGAGAAGCCGCUCUCAUUGCAGGCCGAGAGCACGUGCACCCGUCGGAGCGUCUGGCCCCUCACUGGUCGCACGUCACCUUCACCUCCCCCACCGGCGUGGAGAUCCGUGCGCAGGCUCGUCACGCUACCUACGGCACCAUCGAGCACAUCUCGGGCCCUCUAGUGCAUGCCGACCCCAUCACCGCCCAUCAGGAACUCUCCAAUGCGGAUCAGAUCAGGAACACAGUCGCCUACAUCAAGAGAGGAGGGGCUCCCUUCACCAAGAAGGCUCGUGUGGCUGUUGCCGCAGGCGCCGUCGCCUGCGUUGUCGCGAAUCAUGACCGAGAAACGUUUGGGAUGUCCUACACGGACGAUGGCAUGCCCUUCGAUGCGCUUAACAUCCCUUGCGUCAUGAUCUCAAGUGACGUGGCAAGCAAGCUUGAGGCCUUCGACUCCUGGACUGUCGUCCUGGAACCAGCAAAGCCUGAGCAGCAAGGGAGCAAACGACCCCCUCCCGCUCCUGCUGCGACGACUGCAAGCGCGACCAAGGGAGAGAGCAGCUCCUCUCCGAGUGGCCCGUCCACCGGAGGAGGAAGGAACUUGGAGACUCUGCCCGCUGACAUCGUGGGGGCCAAGUUGGGACAUCCAGGGAAGAAGCCAACCAUGUGGAAGAAGAUCAAACUGCUGCUGCCGUAGAUGAUCCCACGCUGGAGAUUGAAGUGUAAAUUUAACUUGUCGUUAGUGUUAUGAGUGAACUCGUAGUAUGCGAGU